UAGCUUACAUAAUAUAUUUGUGUAAUCCAGUAUAUUCAUUGCCCUCUCCUGUUGUGUGGCAGAAUGAGCUCGAGAGAUGUUCGGUAGUUCUGACAACUUUCUGCCCACAUUAGCGAGGUGAUAGGACGUGUAAACAAUGUAGCCAAUACUCGCAACAAAAUAUCUGUCAUAAAAGCUACAUUGGCGAUUUCACUACGUUGUCAAUGGCUACAUUGUUGCACUACCGUCAAUCAACACUGUGUAAACUUUGCGCAAGUUCUUGAAGACAUGUCACAACAUCAGAGACCAUCAGAAAACGAUAUGAUGACGGCAGUGUGUAUUGACACACCAGGAGGACCAGAGAGUAUGCUGUUGAGGAAUGUCCCCAGACCUCAACCUGAACAUGGAGAAGUCCUCAUCAGAGUCCAUGCAACCGCACUGAACAGGGCUGACACAUUGCAGAGGAAAGGACUGUACCCCGCUCCACCUGGUGAGAGUGAGGUCCUGGGUCUGGAGGCAGCUGGUACGGUGGCCAGCGUUGGCCCAGGUGUUAGGCAGUGCUGGGGGCUAGGGGACCGGGUCAUGACCCUACUCUCUGGAGGAGGGUAUGCCGAGUAUGUGGCUGUUCCAGAGGAGCUUCUCAUGUCUAUCCCCACUCAUCUCACUGUAUACCAGGCUGCUGCCAUACCUGAGGCCUGGCUCACUGCAUUUCAGCUCCUGCACUUCGUAGCUCAGGUGAAGGAAGGAGAGAUAGUGUUGGUGCAUGCUGGGGCCAGUGGGGUGGGGACUGCCGCUGUCCAGCUGGUCCGAUUGGCUGGGGCUAUUCCCAUAGUUACUGCAGGAAGCUCUGAGAAACUACAGAUGGCAGAGACACUGGGAGCCGCUGCUGGUUUCAACUACAAACUUGAGGACUUUGCAGAGAAAGUUAGUGAUUUUACAGCAGGCAGGGGAGCAAACGUCAUCCUGGACUGCAUUGGUGGGUCCAACUGGGAGAGGAACGUGGCCUGUCUGGCCACAGAUGGACGAUGGGUGCUGUAUGGCUGCAUGGGCGGAAAGACUGUGACAGGAGACAUACUGGGCAAGCUGCUGUCCAAACGAGGACAGCUCCUCUGCAGUCUCCUAAGGUCACGCAGUCUGCAGUAUAAAGCAGAUCUGGUGAGAGCCUUCUCAGAAAGGGCCCUACCUCACUUCUCAGACCCGACUAGCUCCCCCUGCCGCCUGAGGCCUGUAAUCGACAGCAUGUUCAGUCUGGACCAGGUAGCUGAUGCUCACAGACACAUGGAAGCCAAUAGAAACACGGGAAAGAUUGUAAUCAAUGUCAUGAACCCACAAUGAUGGGACCUCGAGUGACGGUGUCCUCUUUCCAUCUAGCUCCAAACUCAACAUUUGGUUGAGCAACUUGGUUUAUGACCAUUCACCUCUAUAACAAAAUAAAAUGUUAUUUGUCACAAGCGCCGUAUAUAACGGGUGUAGACUUUAAAAUGAAAUGAUUACUUACAAGCCUUUAACCAACAAUGCAGAGCUAGAAUGUAAGAAAAAGGGAAAUAGCAACGCAAUAAAAUAAUGAGGCUAUAUACAAAGAGUACCUGUACAGAGUCAAUGUGCAGAGGUAGGAGGGAGUUGAAUGCAUAUGUCCCUACUACAGUAACUAUGGUGACAGUGUCUCCUCACCUUAACAGUGUUUGUAUCACCUUCUGUUUAUUGUUCAGUCAAAUUAUGCAUAUUAUUUUUUACUUUGUUUGGCCCAUCUGUGAUUUCAUUAUAAACAAUAAUAAAUUGUAUAAAUUGUAUAAACAAGAACAAUCAAUAUUGUUUAUAAAAAAUAUUGUUUGUAAUAAUUUAUUUUCUGUUCA